ACGACAGCGGUGCCGGCAAGGCAGGGCCUUCCCAGCAUGCUCGGGUGCAGACAGGAAGCCGAAAGUGCGAUCAGCAGGAGGAUGAAGAGGGACAGAGUAAGACAGAUGACCAGAGGGACGAUGCUGACACUCUUUCUCUCCGUGUCCCACCUUUCGGCGACCCUGCCCCCCUCUCCCUGUCAGCGGGACGUCCCUGGGUGCCCCGAGUCCACAACAGCGCAGGACAGCAGCCUCAGUCUCGGCGCCCCUACGGUCACAGAGCGGGGCGCCCACGCGGCGCGCCCCCCUGCCUCCACACCGGGGGUACCUCCCUACCACAGCCCCCACCCCCCCACCCGCGCCUCCUGGGGGGGCAGCUCCUGCGGGGCGGGGUUCGGGUUCCGCGGGGUGCGCCUGACCUGCCUGGUGACCCUGUGGGCCCUGGGGGUCACGGCGGCCGUGUUCCUGGGGCUCACCGUCUUCCUGUGCGUGCGCCUCUCCGCCCAGCGGCGGGCAGGCAAGUGGCGGCUCCGCGGGCGGGGGCGCGGGGGCGGCCAGCCCACCAGGAGGAGAGGGGACCCCGAGGAGCCCAGCCUGUGGCUGCAGCCCCGGGUCACCCCGGAGCAGAUCGCCGAGUUCUGGUACAGCGCCGGGACGAGAGAGGGGUGCGGCCAGGACAGGGACUGAGAGAGGGGGGGCAGCACGGGGGGCGGCGGCGACCUUUCGUGCAGGACCUUUCAAAGGUCAAAGGUCAGCGAGGGGCGGCUCUUUCAGAAUCGGAGAUCCGGGGCGGUGGCGCGAGGAUGCGAACCCGGGACCUCCUUCUCGAUGAGGAUAACGAACCGGCUGGCCUGGGGGUCUCCGGCUCCAGCCCCCACCUGAUUCGACGACCAAAACUGCGCACCCCUUCUCUGUUAAUACCCCCCAAAAUCAGGAACUGACCCCCUGCACCCCAGUGAUUCUCAACUGGGGGAUGUGGGGGGCACGUCAUUGGAGACUUUGGGUUUUGGGGGGAGCAGCCCCAUCCAGAGACGCGACAGGGAGGAGGUCAGCAGAAGAAAUGGGGGAAAACGGGUUACCCCAGAACAAUAAAACAUUCCCAUCUGGGGCUCCAGUUAAUUGUCAUUAAUUUUAUAAAAAUAAAUGUAUAGUUAUUAUUUUUA